ACCGAUAUCUGGAUCUGAUUAGUGUCCGACAACUCAAUAGACUGGACGCCAAACAACUCAAUACUCAGUUCGGUCUGAGAAAUAUCGCCAAAACCGACGGCUAUUCCAUGAAUCCGUCGAAUCAAGUACUCCUCAAUCCUGACUUCUUAAUCAAUAAUUUGGUCACAGAUUGUCGUAAGGUUCAGAACUCGAGUGAUGGCCUAAAGAGAAGGCGUGUGAAAGUGUUGACCGCAAAUAAAAUCAAAGAUAAGUACAAGAAGUUGGAGAAGCAUAAGAAGCGUGUGAUCAAGGAGUGGAAGAACCAGUACAUCAACUCCUUGACGAUAUACCCCUUCUCGUCACCAAUGGGUCAGAGAGUGGCCGACUCUCUGAAGAGCGAGUGUUUUGACAAAUUGAAAGUCGAGUCAAUGGUGCGAAAGUAUGAGAUCUACUGUUCCCUUAAGAUCCGGCACCGGGAGAAGGCCGAGAAUAAGCUCAACAAAUGGAAGCCUCGCAACAUUGAGCGCCUGACCACUGGCCUGGAGUUGUCUCAACGCAGUCAUGCCAUGGGUUUCCAUCAGUACUCAUUCACCCGAAGGCAACGAUUAGAGAAGUUGAAGCGAACAGAGACUGGAAUCGACUGGAAGUCCCGAAUCACUGCCUUUACGUGUAAUCCCAAUGUCCAAGUAAUGGUACCGAAGCUAUACUGGUGUCCCAUUUGUAGCAAAACCAUUCAAGUCGAUCAUAGCUGUGAUAUGAGUGCUAAAUGUGAUAUGAAUUCAUCCAAAGUUCCUAUUCUUAAUCUAUCUUCAAAUGGUUUAUCGCAACAAAUGGUCUUAAGAGGGGAUAAUAAAAGACGAAACGACGAGAAUUUAGCCCAAAAUGCACACGAAAUUUGUCAUAAAAAACACAAGAAAUUAAGUCCGAAAAAGUCGCCAAAAGUUUGUCGAAUCGAUUUGAACGAAGAGGACUGACGAACAGAUCUAAGCAAUCAAUCAUUCAUUUUAUCAUUUUAUUAAGUUUUCAUUUGUUUUGAAAUAAUUCUCUGUACAUAUUGUUUAUUAUUAUUUAUUUCAUACGUUUCUUUGAUUUUACAUUCAUUAG